AUGAAUGUCAACAGGCCCGCGGACAGCUUUAUGGUCUUUCCAGGCAUGAAGCCGACGUACACUGAAGAUCCGAACCGGCCUGGUGAGAAGCGCCUACCGGGCUUCUCGUGGCUUCCGAACAGAGUCCGCCAUCUGUUCAUCUCAAUGCUGGGGGAGUUUGUCGGCACUGCAUUGUUCCUGACUUUCGCUUUUGCCGCUACUCAGGUCGCGAAUACGCCUCCAAACCAGACUGUGGACAGCCCCGCAAGUACAUCUACGCUUCUGUAUAUAUCUUUGGCAUUCGGCUUCUCGUUGCUUGUCAACGUAUGGAUCUUUUUCCGAAUCAGUGGAGGGCUCUUCAAUCCAGCGGUGUCGGUAGCCUUGGCCCUGAUCGGCGCCAUCGGCUGGGCCAAAGCGUUUCUGCUCAUCCUCGCUCAGAUAGUGGGAGCUAUCACCGCAGCAGCUGUAGUAUCGGGCCUGCUUCCGGGCCCUUUGGCAGUUCGAACCAGAUUGAGCAGUGGUGUCUCAGUUACGCGAGGUGUUUUCAUCGAAGCGCUCUGCACUGCUGAACUCAUAUUUGCCAUCUUCAUGUUGGCCGCAGAGAAACACCGAGCUACGUUUAUUGCCCCUAUCGGCAUUGGUCUUGCCCUGUUUAUCGCUGAGUUAGCUGCUGUGUUCUUCACCGGAGGCUCUUUGAAUCCUGCCCGGUCUUUCGGUCCCGAUGUAGUUCUCGGAAGGUUUGAUGGAUAUCACUGGAUUUACUGGAUUGGGCCUCUCCUUGGGGCUAUCAUUGCCGUACUCUUCUAUCGAUUGAUCAAGCUCCUGGAGUAUGAGACAGCCAACCCUGGUGCUGAUGACGAUGGACGCGAAACACGUUACGAUGACCGAUAUGCUGAAGAAGAGGCUGGGGGAUCUCGGCGAGCAGGUAAGUCUUACGCUCAUGCGCAUCGUGAAGAAUCGUGCUCAUUACUAAUAGGGCCCUAG